AUGAAUGACCACCAGAGCAACAUUAAAAUGAGCCUCAAAUAUCUUCUCCUGCUAUCCAUCUUCUCCACUGCCUUUGGGUUUAACAACUUUUUCCGGCGGUUUUAUGAAGAUAAGAAAUGGGAUAGCUUCUUGAAUAUUGCCUCGGAAGAGCCGGUGGACAUUACGUUUCCACCAUCAGAGACCACCCCUGCAGAUGUGGAAGCUGAAGCCAAAAAAGAGGAAGUGACGCUAGCUCCGAUUUACAAAGUAACCGAAGCUAAGCUGCGAGAGGUUACAACCUCUACUGCUCUCGUUUCAACUUCUGUUCCUAAAAAUAAGGACUGUGCCGGCCGGCUAAUGAGUAUUCCUGAAUUUGUGGAGAAGUUAAAUUGCACAGCGGCUGAAGAAUGGAACAGGAUUAUGGUCAGCCAAAACCGGCCGCGCAUGGAGCUUCGCCAACAACUGAUCGAUUGGGCUGUUAAAUAUAGUGUUCAAAGUGAAUUGGUCAACUUCUUUGAUGACCUGGAGCAGCAAUAUAAGAAAAGAUCUGAAAAAUAUGCCGAAGUCUUGAAUAACGUUGAUACCAUGCUUCAGAGAAUUGACGGUCUCGCCCAAGAUGAGACUCUUUCGCGAUCCGAAGAGCGCUUGGCGGUCGCUCAGCUCUACGAUGAAGCUGAUAAAAUUGUUAUUGAGGUUGUGAAUCUCAUGGUCCAAUUGGUCCGUUCCUGGGCCGGUGAAAAGCUGCCGUUUCGCAAGAUGCGCCCCCUUCAGGGAGUCCGCCAGAUUUGGACUGAAAUC